UUUGGCUUACUUCAAUAGUGGAAGCCUUAGAGUCCACCAGAGACCGAUCAUUUUACUAUAUCAGUCUGACUAGAGUUGAAAUCUAGCCGGCUGAUCUUUGAAGAUUUUUUUCUUUUACUUCUCGAAUCAAUUUGUUCAAAAGGCGACUGCGACACUUUAGUUUUAUCUCUGGUUUACCGUUUUGCUUUCAUCUGUCAACGGUUUCUUUUUACGGUCAUUAUAAAAAAAAAAUUCAAUCAAUCCGCGUUGACAUUGACAUUGUGAAUGGUGUUUUGAAGUGUGUGAAAGGUUCAACGCUCGUGGACUGUUACGUUAAGAUAGACUCCGGCACCCACUGACAUUGACCUGUUCUGCAAUUAUAAUAAAGAUGGAUCGCACUUGCCAUUUAGUCAUAGGAGUUCUUCUAGUCCUAGUUGUUAAUGAGGCAUUUGGCCGAAUAGCAUUUGAGAAGCUUACAGACUUCGAUUACAAAGGAAACACGUACUACACAGUGAAAAAUCUCAGUUUAUACGAAUGCCAGGGAUGGUGUAGAGAAGAACCCGAUUGUCAAGCUGCUGCAUUCAGUUUUGUAUUGAAUCCUUUGAUACCCGUUCAGGAAACGCAAUGUCAGCUGCAAAAUGAAACUCAAGCAAACAAUCCAUCCGCAGUGGCGCAGCGCAGUGUUAACAUGUACUACAUGACCAAGCUACAGCUGCGCAGUGACAACAUUUGCUUAAGACCGUGGGCUUUUGAGAGGGUACCGAACAAAAUGAUCCGAGGAUUGGACAACGCUAUUAUUUAUACCUCAACCAAAGAAGCCUGUUUAGCUGCAUGCUUAAACGAACACCGUUUUACUUGCCGAUCCGUAGAAUAUAACUACAUUACACUGCAAUGUCAACUUAGUGACACAGAUAGACGGUCAGUUGGACAAUUUGUGCAAUUUGCAGAUGCUCAGGGUGUAGACUACUUCGAAAACUUAUGCUUGAAGGGUAAUCAAGCUUGCAAAGGUAAUAGAAUAUUCCAAACACCAAGAAUUGGAGUAGCAGAUGACAAAGUAGCUCAGUACGCUGGUCUUAACUACUACACAGAUAAAGAAUUGCAAGUUACAUCAGAAGCUGCCUGCAGAUUAGCUUGCGAGAUUGAAAACGAGUUCUUAUGUAGAAGUUUCUUAUUCAAAGGACCACCACAAGGAUCUCAAUACAAUUGUCAACUUUUCCAUUUGGACCACAAAACCUUACCUGAUGGACCCAGCACUUAUUUAAACGCCGAGAGACCAUUGAUUGACAGCGGAGAACGAAUUGGUGCAUAUUUCGAAAAUACUUGUGAAAAAUCAGCAUCACUUCCAGGUGGCAGUGACAGUAACCUUCCUGUGGUAUUCGACACUUCCGAAGACCCAACUUUAAAUAAUCUUACCAAAACUGCAGAUGUUAACUGUGAUAAAACUGGCACCUGUUAUGAUGUAUCCGUCAACUGCAAAGACACCAAAAUUGCUGUAUCAGUAAGAACCAAUAAACCCUUCAAUGGCAGAAUUUAUGCCCUGGGAAGGUCAGAAACCUGUAAUGUUGAUGUUGCUAAUAGCGAUCUCUUCCGAUUGGACCUUACCAUGACAGGACAAGAUUGUAAUACACAGUCAGUGACCGGAGUCUACAGUAAUACAGUAGUGCUGCAACACCAUAGCGUAGUAAUGACCAAAGCGGACAAAAUAUACAAAGUAAAAUGCACAUACGAUAUGUCAUCCAAAAACAUUACCUUCGGAAUGAUGCCAAUAAGAGACCCAGAAAUGAUCAGUAUUACAUCUGCUCCUGAGGCCCCACCACCAAGGAUCCGCAUCUUGGACAGCCGCCUUAGAGAAGUAGAAACAGUCAGAAUUGGAGACAAACUUACUUUCAGAAUCGAAAUUCCUGAAGACACUCCGUAUGGUAUUUUUGCAAGAAGCUGCGUGGCAAUGGCCAAAGACGCCAAGAGCACAUUCGAAAUCAUCGAUGACGAUGGAUGUCCAGUUGAUCCCAGCAUCUUUCCAGCUUUCACUCCUGACGGCAAUGCUCUUCAGUCAGUAUACGAAGCAUUUAGGUUUACAGAAUCGUAUGGUGUGAUCUUCCAGUGUAACGUUAAAUACUGUCUUGGGCCUUGUGAACCAGCUGUUUGUGAAUGGGGAAGAGACUCAAUCGAAUCUUGGGGAAGAAAGAAGAGAAGCAUCCAAAAUCAGACCGAAGAAGAAAAAGACGAAGACAUGACCCUAAGCCAGGAAAUCCUCGUAUUGGACUUCGGCGACGAAAAGCAAUCCGAAUAUUUAAAGAGUGAUUCAAAUAGUGCUGAUUUUGGAAAAGACAAAACUGUGACCAUCAUUGAGCCUUGUCCGACCAAGACAUCCGUGUUGGCCCUAGGAGUGACUUGCGCGCUUUUAGUCCUUCUCUACGUAACGACGUUAUUCUGCUACUACAUGAAGAAAUGGCUGAGCCCCAGUAAACAUCUAGCUUAAUCUAGUGCAAUAUGGAAUGGUAGUGGCGGUACUUUAAAUUCAUAAAGAUUCCGUAUCUUGUACCUUUUUAAUUGAGCUAUAUGAUAGGCUCGUUAGAAUAGUAGUUUUAUGCAUUAAUUUAAUCAUUCUGGUAUUAUAUGAUACAUUCCUUUUUAAGUUACUGAAUUAAGAUUUAAGUGAAAUAAUUUUUGGGGUUUUAACAAGACUGUAAAUAGCCUUAGGAAAGACCAAGAAAAGGGAACAAAAUAGAACCCCGAAAUUUAUUUCUAGGCUAUUCAGUACAACUAGCUUUGGCCUUAUAAAGAAUUUUUUGUUUGGAACCAAAAAAUACAAAGUGAUUGGAAGACUCAAUCAGCUAGUUUUCUGAAUACUUUUAGAAAUUUCACCGAGUUUCUUUAAAACAGUUUUUAUGCCUAAUAAAAUAAUAAGAGACGCGGUGGACUGUUUAUAUUUAUAUAAACAGAAGACGCAUUUAAAAUACUUAAGUAAAUUAUGCUCUUUGUAUGAUCUUAAUAAAUUCUUAAAACCUUACAUUAGUGGAACAUUAAGGAAUCAAUUUCAAAGAUUAUACGAAAAGCAUCGGCUAGAUAGUUUAAAGACUUAUGAAUUGAUAUUAUUUUUUAAAUAGACACAUUUUCUUGGGCACGGGUGUAGGUUUCUUAUUGGUGGUGGGUUGCUGUGAUCUUAAAAAUUGCAUAAAUUUUUUUACUGUUACAAACUACAGUUUUUGGCUUAAAUUAUUAUGUGAUCUUAAUAUGAAUGAGAAGGUUGUGAAAUUUUUUGUUUAACUCUUUUUAUGAGUGAUUUUAACGAAAAAAAGUUAAUUAUAAUGGUUUGUAACAAUAAGAUAAAAUGCUUAAUUAAAAAUUUUUAGUGAUUUUCUGAUAUUCUAAUUUUUAGUUACUUAUUAGUAUUUAUUUAAAAUGAUUUUAGAAUAAUUAGGUAACUGUAUAUAUUAUAUUUUAAAUUAUUAAUACAGAUCUGUAGUAAUUGAUAACCAUUUAUUAAAACCCUAAUUAGUAUGACAUUUCUUUUUUAUACAAUUAUAUGUACUAGGAUUAUUAAUAAAUUUGC